AUGGAGCGCUUGGGCAUUCGGCCAGAAAAGGGUGACAAAGAAAAAACAUUCCAGCUGGCGCAACCACCUGGAGCUAAAGAAAUUUUAAUCUUUGCUUCUGCCGAAACUACCGGAAAGGGAGACUUUCACAGAGACUUCUUCGAGUUCUCCACGUCUCAGGAAGAUAAGAAGUUUGCACAAUACCAGUCUGUAGCGACUGACAAGUAAUAACUACUGCCAACUCAGCCAAUACGUGGUUGCCAGUUGGAGAGGGAACCUUGACUGUUAAGCUUUUUCACAAAGAAGUCGUGAAGAGCGUGACAGGCAAAGUAAGUCCACAACAAGUUUGGAGCGAGGCGUUUGUUAUCGGUUACAGAUCUUAAAUGAAUCGCAAGUUAAACACGUGACUCGGUACUUGAUUAGAAUUUAUGUGACAAAGAAUUACCGUAACAUGUGUGGAGUGGCUUGAUACAAAUAAAGCAUGACAAAAAAUGAAAGGAAGUGAUGCUGCAGUCAAGACCGUAAAACGACCUCGAUUGACAGUAUAUCUUUUCGUUAGGUAGAAAACGGAUAGUUCAUUAAACCGCGGACACGCUGAGUGUACAAAGAUUCUGUUGUUUUUUUGGAGGUGUCAACGGGAGGCGUUUUUUGAGCGAAGGAGGCAAGUUUCUAAGGAAACUGCGGUGUUUCGUCAGUGUAGGGGUGGGGGGGGGGCAAUGGAAAAUAAUUUGGUUAUAUCAACUGAGUCGAUAAUGUAAAUUGUUCACCGUAAAGAGAUUCAAAAUCUGACGUUUCGAGCGUCAGCCCUUCGUUAAGCGCGGCGAGCGCGGAACGAGAGCUUCUUUCUUUUUCCUGUCUUUCCCCACCCCCACCCCUCUGUUUCGCCCACGCUCGCACCCUCACCCUCUGCACGAUGAUUAAGAGAUUGAAGGGAUGUGUAAAUGUUCUAAGGUAUCUGUAUUUGCUCAUAUAUUUAACAUCCUUGUAUUUUUGGUGGUGACGGCCGCCCAUAUAUCUGGGGCCGAGUUGAUCCCAUUCAGGUAAUAAGCUAUACGCUUCAUUGGCGCACAGCCAACUUUAUCACGAAUAUUUGGGGGUGUGAAUACUAACUACAUCGGGUUUCUUUUCUGUAAUUGUUCUAACUGUAGUUUACCUACAAAGAUCGUUUCUUUACUUGAUAAGAUCCUGGUUCAAAACUUAGCAGCCAAGACUUAAGAUGAACAACUCCUUAUUAUUGGGUAAUAUCAUUUAAAAAUAGUAUGGAUGUUAUGAAAAUGUUGCGCACUCUUUGUAAUAAUCUCUUAUGCGUUGUUUUUUACGACAUGACAAAGGCUAAAUCGCAAUGUUAAUUUCAUAAAAGAGAGAGAGCACUGAAAGUCACUAAGUCAGACUCUAACUGAGAGUACCCGCAUGUUUCUCCAUUGACACAUAGCCCCACCAUACACAGAGUGUCAUUGCUCACGACGAUAACACUAACUUCCCUGUUCACUAUCUCUUGUUAAGACCCUUAGCGAUGGGAGUAAUUGCGAGAUUAAAAAAAACUUCGAAAGGAAAACCACUAGACAAAAUAAAUGCAUUAUAAAAACAUUUCGAGACUCAAGCUCAUCGCUGAAGUAUCAUUCGCCGCGCCCCAAAAUAUUUUAAAUAAACAAAGGUAAAAGGUCUCAUGACAUUUUUGCUGAUUUAUCACGUCCAAAAUUUUGAAACUCGUCGAGUUGCGUAAUAUGAAAGCCACCCAACUCUCACGGAGUAGGCGGUAGUCUCAUGUAGCUACAAACAAUAUUGGUUUGUUUGUCUCCGUUAUGAGUACGAUAAUUCCCAAACGUCCGGUAAUUAAACACCUCGUGGAAAAAGAUCAUGAAUUGUUUUUUUUAAAAGCUGCCUUAAAAGCGAUUGAGAAAUAGUCCAUGCAACCUCUAAGUAAUUUCAUUGGAUGCAAUUGUGACAGCUGGGAACAGUUCAUUGAAAUAAAAUACCAUCGUAUCGAGUUGCAUGUAGCAGUUCAACUCUGUGCAGACGAGCUAGAGGUCAGGUGGAAAUUUUGCAAGUUUCACUUCAUCACCAAACCAACCAUGAGUACUGCUCUCUAUGAACCAAUCCAAAAGAGCUUCGGCACUCUGCCCGAACGUAAUGGGGAAGAAAAAACUUACAAGCUGGAGCUGCCAGUCAAAGCAAACGAGGUUUUGAUCUACUCAUACGUUACAGCUCACGGAGAAGGAAAGUUUCACCGAGGCUACUUUGAGUUCUCAACUUCUCAAGGAGAAAAGAAGUUUACACAGUUCCUGAAUAUGGCGACUGGGCAAGGCAUAAAUACUGUCAACUCAGCCAAUAUGUGGUUUCCAUUUGGUGACGGGACCUUGACCAUCAAGCUUGUGCACGAAGAAGGCGACAAGAGCGUGGCGGCUGUCACAGAUAAAGACUGGAGUGAGGUGUUCGUCAUCGGCUACAGAUCUUAA